AUGGUUAGGGACGUCAGAAGCUAUCAGCCCCGGCUCAUUGCUCAUCGCCUUGGCAGGAACAACCAUCGCCAUAGCCUCUUCUUCCUGUGGAUCUUCGGUCAACUUGGCUGUUUUUUCAGUCAAUUGACCGACGUUCUCUAUGGCCUCUUCCUCCUCAAUGCGCUCUUCAAGCUUAAUUUCUUUUUCCUCCUCUUCUUCCACAUCCUCAA